AAUAAUAAUAAUAAAUAAAGAAGAAGAAAAAAACGCUAAAAGAGAGGAGGUGGAGGAGGCGAAUUGAGUUUGGGUUUGGGAAAGGUAGAGCAAGAGGAUGGUGGUGAGGCAAAGAGCAGUGUCUGCACUUCCAACUCUCAUACGCACUCUCCGCAAAGAACCGUUAAAGCCUCACAACAACCAUGUUAAUCCCUUGCCCUCUCUUCGACGCUCUUUCUCUCUCUACGAUCAGAUCAACCUCAUCGAUCAAGUCCCCGAGGACCAGCUCCGAUUUCAAGGGUAUAAUGAUACGGGGUUUACUGUAAAUGGGGUUGAAUAUGAAGGAAGUUUGCUUUGCGUUGGAAAUUUGCUCAUGUCUUGGAAACCUAAGAAGUUUUCAGAGAUCACUUCUGAUAGCUUGUCACUCUUCCAAAUUGUUCGCCCUAUUCCAGAGAUUUUGAUUCUUGGCUGUGGAAGGAACAUUCAGUUUGUAGAUCCUGAAGUUAGACGGUUUAUUCGGUCUACUGGCAUUAAGUUAGAGGCUGUUGACUCGAGGAAUGCAGCAUCAACUUACAACAUACUGAAUGAAGAAGGUCGAGUUGUGGCUGCUGCGCUUCUUCCAUAUGGAGUAUUUUCAUGAAGCUUGGACCUGUAUUCUUAGUAGCCACCAAUUGCUGCAGAGAUGUUCACAUCCAUGCCACUAAGGAUCUUAACCCAAGUCCUUGGACAUGGUUUGAUUUUCCAUUUAGAAAGUUUUGACAUAGCAAUAGCACAAUGUGAAUUAAACUCAAGUGAGUCAUUGCUGCAGUUUUCAAAUGUAAUAAGGAGAAUUAUAAUGUAUAGACUGCUGUUAACCCCAGCAAAGUUUGACUCUAAUUACUACUUGUUUGGUUUUAAUGCUAUUUCACUUUGUUAUAGUUGAAAAAGAAACAUUGUAGAUUAUAUGUUUUGGGUGAUGCUGCAGAAAUCACGAGUUUGUUCCCUGUAUGAAACUUAGGUGAAGUAUUAUAUAUAUUUUGACAAGUAAAUAGUCAUUUUAGUUCUUGAA